UGCCGUAGUUUCUGUUAUCACAAAAAAAUCAAUUGAAAUUUAAAAAAAGGGAACAUCCCUGAUAUGCUUUCGGUAGUAAGUAUAUCGACACAUCGAUAAUCACGUAUAUCGAUUUUUUACUCUUAAUUCUAGUAGUCGACAAAUGGGAGUUGUGUCGUUAUCUUUUAAUAAAACCAACUCACAACACAAAAGGCAAACAGCAUUCAAAUUUGAUAAGAGUCACAGCAGCAGAGGAGCAGCAUUGCUGCAGCAGCCACAUCAGCAAAAAUAAAUCUGGAGUAACACACAGAACAGCGACACAGAUAGAAACACAGACGCAGCAGCCGGCAAAAACAACAACAACAAGUUAUAUUGAGUGCCAAAAGAGAAAGACGGAAGAAAUAUGAGAGCUCUAAAAUAUAUGGGCUGGAUAACCGGCUGCUCGGUAUUUACGGCAUUUAUAUCGAUCAUCUGGCAGGCAUUUCAGUCACUGCAGGCGCUUAACAAGACAACCGUACUCCUAGCUGGACUCCUGGCCAUCGAGAGCGGGGUCAAGAGAUCCGCCUUUGAGCCGGCGCCCAAAAUUGCUGUUGGCUACGGCGCUUGCACGGACUUGCAGAUCAAUGCUACUGAAUUUCUGGACACCUAUUACAAAAUGCGUGUGCCCAACGUGAGUCCAGAUAUUGCGGCAAAUGAUGUGAACAACGAAAAUGAACUGCUGCAAUCAUUUGUCUAUUACUUUAAGAAUGGCGCCGCAGCGGAACGCGUCAUUGCCAACGGCACGCUGUUCAAGCAGUUGAUUGAGUAUGCCAAGCAGCUGGACAAGGAGCGCAUCCAUUGGUACAUGGGCGGCAAUGCGCCCCUCAUGGCCGUGCGCUUUGUCAUGGAGGGAGCAGAUGUGCUUCUGGGCGCACACAUGUCCAAGAAAUUGCGUCCACUGCUGCCCAAGGAGAUAAGUCUGGCUGGGGAUGAGAUACCUGACGAUGAUAUACAUCUCAUUUUGGAGUACAAGGCUGGUGAUAAAUGGGGACCAUACGAGGCGCCACGUGCCAAUCGUUAUAUACUGCACAAUGAUAAGAAUAAUCCACAUCUGAGGUCUGUGGAGCAGCUGACAGAUGCAUUAAAGCAUUACCAUCCACAACUGUUGGUUGUCAGCGGUCUGCAAAUGAUGGACAUGUUCAAGUUCAGCCCUGGCGUACGCGAGGCACGCUUGAAUCAGGUGAAAAGGCAGCUGAUCAGCCAACCCAGGGAUACGCUGCAGCAUUUCGAAUUGGCCAGCUAUGUGGAGCUGGAGCUGCUGCAGCAACUACGUCAGUAUGUGCUGCCCUACGUGGACUCUCUGGGCAUGAACGAACAGGAGCUGUCCAAUCUACGCGAAGUGCUGCAGCAUGGAAGCACCACGCUUGCCACCGACUGGAAUCCACGUAUAGCCAAUACAUUGGAUCAAAUGCGACAGGUGUUCAUCAGUCUACUAGAGGAUUAUCAUACCAAGCGUGAGGCAGAUACGCAACGUCGCGUCGUCUCCCGUAUUCAUGUACACACCUUGGCCUACCAGGCCAUCCUGACCAUUGCCAACUCCAAGUGGAAGAAUACCCGCGGAGCUGCUGCCAAGGCUGCCUUAACAGCCCAUCGUUAUGUCUGUAAAUCGCAGUUUGUGAAUCCGGAGUCGGUUUUGCUGGUGCUGGACGACAGCUUUGCGACCUCGGCUCAGGAGCAAGCACCUCGAAUGCGCAUGAGUGCAGCCAAUCCUGUGCCCUGCUGGCAGGAAUAUAUACAAUUCGGUCCGCGUAGGCAAAGAAUCGAAGUGGAGAUUUGUGUGGCGCCCGUGCUGGUGUGUCGGGUAGCUAAAAAGACAGCGGGAGCUGGAGAUAAUAUAUCCGCCUCUGGACUGGUGGCUCAACUGUGAGGCAGAAGUAGAAGCAAAACCAGUUACCAUGACAACGAGCAUUAUUUUGAUACCGGCAAGACUGCUUAGUAUUUAUAAACGAUUGAAAAAGACUCAAGUAGUUACCCGCAUGAUGAACCCUGGACACAAGACCCGUGACCCAUGACCCACUAUCUAAAAACAUUCCCUGUUAAAUACUGUUUACAAACAGACAUUUAUACUCAGCUGUUUAGCACCUUAGUGACCUUAGAAACGAGUUACCUUCAGUACAUGAACAAUGGACGCCGGCAAAUGCUCACGUACUCAAUUCAAACGGAACGGAACAACGAUAGAGAUCGGUUUAAGGCCUUAGUACAUAUCUAGAUGAGUUUUGCAGUGAAAAUUUAAGGAAUCGAAAUACCCGAGAUGAAACAAGCCUUUUAAAAUAAGCAGUAACAGUUUACUGUUUUCGGUUUCGUCUUAGUUUCUACAUAUAUAUAUAUGGAAUCUCUAACUAUUUAACUGACUCGUAAUUAUUUAAUGUGUUCAAAAUUAUUCCUGACAGGCAUAGUAAUGCGACCUAGCUUAAGUUUAUUAGUAUUUAAUUAUUUUCGGUAUUGUAUCGAUGUCAACCAUUCCUAAUUACAAUUUGUUUUGCGCACUUGAUUUUAAGCUAAAAAAAAA